GUAAGAUGGCGGCGCUGAGGGCUGUGUGCGGCCUCCGGGGCAUCGCAGCCCAGGUGCUGCGGGCUGGGGCUGGAGUCCGACUGCCGAUUCAGCGCAGCAGAGGUGCUCGGCAGUGGCAGCCAGAUGUGGAAUGGGCACAGCAGUUUGGGGGAGCUGUUAUGUACCCAAGCAAAGAAACAGCCCACUGGAAGCCUCCACCUUGGAAUGAUGUGGACCCACCAAAGGACACAAUGGUGAAGAACAUGACCCUGAACUUUGGGCCCCAACACCCAGCAGCGCAUGGUGUCCUGUGACUAGUGAUGGAAUUGAGUGGGGAGAUGGUGCGGAAGUGUCAUCCUCACAUUGGGCUCCUGCACCGAGGCACUGAGAAGCUCAUUGAAUAUAAGACCUAUCUUCAGGCCCUUCCAUACUUUGACCGGCUAGACUAUGUGUCCAUGAUGUGUAAUGAACAGGCCUAUUCUCUAGCUGUGGAGAAGUUGCUAAACAUCCGGCCUCCUCCCUGGGCACAGUGGAUCCGAGUGCUGUUUGGAGAAAUCACACGGCUGUUGAACCACAUCAUGGCUGUGACCACACGUGCCCUGGAUCUUGGGACCAUGACCCCUUUCUUCUGGCUGUUUGAAGAAAGGGAGAAGAUGUUUGAGUUCUACGAGCGAGUGUCUGGAGCCCGAAUGCAUGCUGCUUAUAUCCGGCCAGGAGGAGUGCACCAGGACCUACCCCUUGGGCUUAUGGAUGACAUUUAUGAGUUUUCUAAGAACUUCUCUCUUCGGCUUGAUGAGUUGGAGGAGAUGCUGACCAACAAUAGGAUCUGGCGAAAUCGGACAAUUGACAUUGGGGUUGUAACAGCAGAAGAAGCACUUAACUAUGGUUUUAGUGGAGUGCUGCUUCAGGGCUCAGGCAUCCAGUGGGACCUGCGGAAGACCCAGCCCUAUGAUGUUUACGACCAGGUUGACUUUGAUGUUCCUGUUGGUUCUCGAGGGGACUGCUAUGAUAGGUACCUGUGCCGAGUGGAGGAGAUGCGCCAGUCCCUGAGAAUUAUCGCACAGUGUCUAAACAAGAUGCCCCCUGGGGAGAUCAAGAUUGAUGAUGCCAAAGUGUCUCCACCUAAGCGAGCAGAGAUGAAGACUUCCAUGGAGUCACUGAUUCAUCACUUUAAGUUGUAUACUGAGGGCUACCAAGUUCCUCCAGGAGCCACAUACACUGCCAUUGAGGCUCCCAAGGGAGAGUUUGGGGUAUACCUGGUAUCUGAUGGCAGCAGCCGCCCUUAUCGAUGCAAGAUCAAGGCUCCUGGUUUUGCCCAUCUGGCUGGUUUGGACAAGAUGUCUAAGGGACACAUGUUGGCAGAUGUCUUUGCCAUCAGAGGUACCCAAGAUAUUGUAUUUGGAGAAGUAGAUCGGUGAGCAGGGGAGCAGCGUUUGAUCCCCCAUGCCUAUCAGCUUCUUCUGUGGAGCCUGUCCCUCACUGGAAAUUGGCCUGUGUGUGUGUGUGUGUGUGUGUGUGUGUGUACAUGUUCAUGUACACUUGGCUGUCAGGCUUUCUGUGCAUGUACUGAAAAAGGAGAAAUUAUAAUAAAUUAGCCGUCUUGCAGCCCCUAGGCCUAAAAAAAA